AUGCGGGAACGAGACAGCAGUCCGAACACUGAACUUCCAGAAAUUCCCAUACCAAGUGUGCCUGCGUUCCAGCCAUCCACCCCUAUCCCUGAGCGCCUGGAAGCUGUACAGCGCUACAUCAGGGAGCUUCAGUACAAUCACACUGGGACACAAUUCUUUGAGAUCAAGAAGAGCAGACCUCUGACUGGGCUGAUGGACCUGGCCAAAGAAAUGACCAAAGAGGCCCUGCCAAUAAAAUGCCUGGAAGCUGUGAUCCUGGGAAUUUACCUCACCAACAACAUGACCACGCUGGACCGUUUCCCCAUCAGCUUCAAAACCCACUUCUCAGGGAACUACUUCCGACACAUUGUGCUGGGGGUGAACUUUGGAGGCCGCUAUGGGGCACUGGGCAUCAGCCGACGUGAGGAGCUCAUGUACAAAGCACCCGUCUUCCGCACACUGAGCGAACUCAUCUUUGACUUCGAGGAGGCAUAUCGCCGCUGCUGGCACACUCUCAAGAAGGUGAAGCUGGGCCACUGUGUGUCCCAUGACCCACACAGUGUGGAGCAGAUCGAGUGGAAGCACUCCAUCUUGGAUCUAGACAAGCUAACCCGGGAAGACUUCCGCAAAGAGCUUGAGAGACAUGCCCGUGACAUGAGGCUGAAGAUUGGCAAAGGAACUGGGCCACCAUCUCCCACCAAGGACAGAAAGAAAGAUGUCCCCUCCCCACAAAGAGGUCAGGCCAGCCCCCAUCGGCGCAACAGCCGGGGGGACCGACGGCCAUCUGCUGAGAAGAAGCCUGCCGAUUCCAAAGCCAUGCCAGACCUCAAUGGGUACCAGAUCCGGGUGUGAAGAGAGCUGUGCCGUGUGUGCCUGGCUCCAUAGACUUCUUGCUGGCCACAGUUGGGACCUGUCUCCACCUGCAGUGAUUCUGACAAAGGGGACAGGGGAGCAGGAGUGGAACAGAGUGCUGAUCUUCCCAGGUACUUCCUAGUGGGCCAGUCCCAGAGCUGGAUCCCAUGGGUCCCAGAGGAUUCACCUGCCUGUUUCUGGGAGAGGUGUCCAUCUUAAUUCACUAAAACAAGUAUUUUUUAAGGAAAAAAAAAAAAAAAUCUGUACGUUGGGGGGAGUUUGCUGCAGAAGAUUAUGAAGUGAGUGGGGUCAGCAGACUUGCUAUCAAUUUUUUUGUGUUGACAGCAAGUAGAUGAAGCAUCUUGUUGACAAUACUUCUUCCGUGUCUGCACAGAAGUCUUCAACCCAUGCAAGGCCUGCAGGGCUGAGGGAGAAGUGAUGCUG